GGAGGAGGAGGUAGGGGGGGCCCCACGCUGCCUCCCCGCCUCCCUCCGCCGCCGCCGCUGCCCGGCGAGGCAGCGCUCCCAGGCUCCACCGGGGCUGCCGGCAUGAGGCGGCUGAGGGCCAAUGCCAUCGCCGUGCUGACGGUCGCCUGGAUCCUGGGCACUUUCUACUACUUAUGGCAGGACAGCAAGCCCCGCACGGCGGCGGGCGGCGGCGGCCCGAGGGCGGCUGGCCGGCCGGAGCUCCGCCGGGAGGACGGGAGCCUGCCCCUGGCCAUGACAAGGGCUCCCCAAGGAGAGAAGAACAGCCGGAGGGCUUUUGAUGAAAAGGCUUAUUUGUCCUCAAAGCUGCUGAAGGCUGGAGAAGACCCCUACCGCCAGCAUGCUUUUAAUCAGCUAGAGAGCGACAAACUCAGCAGCGACCGGCCCAUACGGGACACCAGGCACUACAGGUGCACCUCUGUACGCUACGAUCCAGACCUGCCAGCUACCAGCCUCAUCAUCACCUUCCACAACGAGGCUCGCUCCACCCUGCUCCGUACAGUGAAGAGCGUCCUGAACCGCACUCCUCCCAGCCUCAUCCAGGAGAUCAUUUUGGUAGAUGACUUCAGCUCAGAUCCUGAGGACUGCCAGCUCCUUACCAAGAUCCCGAAGGUCAAGUGUCUACGAAACACCCGUCGAGAAGGGCUGAUUCGCUCUCGGGUGCGAGGAGCUGAAGUGGCCACCGCCGACAUCCUCACCUUCUUGGACAGUCACUGUGAAGUCAACAGCGAGUGGCUGCAGCCAAUGCUUCAGAGAGUGAAAGAGGAUUAUACCCGAGUGGUGAGUCCAAUCAUUGAUGUUAUCAGCCUGGAUAAUUUUGCCUACCUGGCAGCAUCAGCAGAUCUGCGGGGAGGGUUUGACUGGAGCCUUCACUUUAAGUGGGAGCAGAUUCCUAUAGAGCAGAAGAUGUCCCGAACAGACCCAACUCAGUCUAUAAGAACCCCUGUCAUAGCAGGAGGCAUCUUUGUGAUUGACAAGUCCUGGUUUAACCACCUGGGAAAAUACGACACUCAAAUGGACAUAUGGGGAGGAGAGAAUUUUGAGCUCUCUUUCCGAGUGUGGAUGUGUGGUGGCAGCUUGGAGAUUGUGCCCUGCAGUCGAGUGGGACACGUGUUCAGGAAGCGCCAUCCCUAUGACUUCCCCGAGGGCAACGCGCUGACGUACAUCAAGAACACCAAGCGCACGGCAGAGGUGUGGAUGGACGAAUACAAGCAGUACUACUACGAAGCCCGGCCGUCAGCCAUUGGCAAGUCAUUUGGGAGUGUUGCAGAACGAGUGGAGCAGCGCCGCAAGCUGAACUGUAAAUCCUUCCAGUGGUAUCUGGAGAACGUCUAUCCCGAGCUCAAGGUUCCUGAAAAGGAGUUAAUUCCAGGGAUAAUUAGACAAGGAGGAAAUUGCCUGGAGUCUUGGGCACAGGAUACCACUGGAAGUAUGUUGGCUGGCAUGGGAAACUGUAAAGGGACAGUGAACAAUCCACCUGUCACUCAGGAGUGGGUAUUCAGUGACCCUCUAAUUAGACAACAAGACAAGUGUCUUUCCAUUACCUCCUUCUCUACUGGCUCUCAAAUCGCACUGGAAGCCUGCAAUCAAAAAGAUGGCAGACAGAAGUGGAAGAUGAAAGGCAGUUUCAUUCAACACUUCGUCAGUGGUCUCUGUCUGGAAAACCAGGCUGGGAGAGUGGUGACCAACCCGUGCCAAGCAGAUGUACCUGGCCAACAGUGGGAGCUGCUACAAGCAACAUGAUGGUAGCACAGAGAUCUCCUUGUUUCUUUGUGCAUGAGACUUUGGGAACAGAGAGGGAUCGGGAUGGGAGGAAUGGCUUUGUAUGUCUGACCCUAAAUGUUUUCAUUGUGUCCAUCAGCAAGCCACCAUUUCAGCUGAACACUUGGUGUUUUUGAGCUUUCCGGAGAAUAAGCUGUGGGUGAGAGAAGGAUGAGGAGUUGUUGAAAUCAGCCUGUCUGUUGUCUUAAUUCUCCUUUGUAGCUGAUGUCUGCACAGCAGCACACAGGGAGGGGAGAGCACCUAGCCUGAUACUCAAAAUGGUCAGAACUGCCUUGCAGCUCUCCCCCUAUCCAUUCCUUUCUCUGCAUCCAGAGUCUGUGACCUUCAGUCCAACACUUUGGACAAUGCUCAUACAAACGUCGGUAGCUCUUUGUCUUCCCUGGCUUUUCACUUUAACAUCGUGCAUCAUCGUGCAUGUGUGUGCUGGUGUGUCGCAGCGAGGACUGGCCAGAAGAGGAGCCAUCGCGAUGAGUGGAGGGGCUGGGGGGGGAUGAGCAGGCUCUGGGGGCAGGUUUGUAACCUCGUUGUGGUAGGCCCACAUCUGCCUCUGCCUCCCAGCCAAAUGGGCUGAGGCUGGGAAGUAGGGCACAAUGCUGAUGAGAUCUGGAAAAGGGCCCUGUCUGUUUUAGCAGUGUAACCUGGGAUUUUUUCAGGAACUAUUCCCUGCUGAAUUCCUGCUUCCAGUUUUCUACAGGUGGAAGGCCAGCCCCAUCUCCACGAGUAACGCAGUCUGCAGGCAGCCCAGCUGGACCUGGGUUCAGGGUACGGUGCUCCUGUGGAGCUGCCCUUGAUGCUCAGCAAAGGGUGCUGGUGCUCGGGGAUUCCAGACAAGCGGGGACGUUCCCCUGCUGCUCUUUCUGGUGCUGUCAGAUGCUGCCCACUGCACCCUGUAUUGAAGGCAACGUGUAGCCCUUGUGAGCAUGUCCCAGCGUGACAAGCCACCCAACCCCUCUGUCCAGCUGAUCUUUCCCCUCUCUCUAAAAGAGGAGGUGAAAAGGCCUGGCGCUGCUCUACUUGCGAGGCCCAGCUCUCCUCCCAGGGUCACCUGGUGGGGGUUGGCUGGUGGAGCUGAAACUGCUCUGAACUGACACUGCCACAGAAUAGGUCUGCCUGGGAGCUCUCCUCUGUAUGCUGGAAAUACUGAGGACAGAUGGUGUUUCUAGCUGACGUCCCCUUCUUGCUCCCAGUUACCAGUCAGCUGUAGCUGAGUUUGUGUUUUCAGACUUGCCAGGGGAAGCCUACCAAUUUAAACAAGCAAACAGAAGUCUCCACAACAUCACCUUGGAGCACGGGUUUGUAAACCAACCCUCCUCUCCAGCAGCCUGGCAGGGGAACCAUAUGGUGGGGCCACCUUCAGAAGACAUUUGCUCAUCUGGGUCCUUUCUAAUUUGGUAUAAAAGAAACACAGGGGGAUCAUUUGGGUUCUGAACAAUGGCAGCUUUUGAUCAUGUUUGUAACCCUUUUUAAUUCUUUCUUCUACCUUGUUAUUACUCCGAUUUGUUGACAAAAGAACAGAUACUGUUCUUCAUAUGUAUGUUUGCAUGUGCUCGGAAGUGCUUGUGCGAGAACUGGAAGAUUUUUUUUUCCUGUUCUCAGGUUUUCUUUUAUUUAAAAAAUUAAAUAUCAGUGAGGUGGCAGGAGCUCUUUUCUUGUUUCCCCCUGUAUUUGACAUCAGCUCACCAUCUUGAUAGAUGGUGAUGAAUGACCUUGCCUGCACAGUGAAGACUCAGGAGGCAGUUCCCUCUGGCCCCAGGUGUGCAGCAUGGUGCAGCUGCACUUCUCUGUGGGAACAGAGGUACUGACUCUGCAGAGACUUCUCUUUCCCUGUAGAAAUGCUUUGAGCCUGGACCACUGAGGCUGAAAGAACUGAAAUUGGAAGAAAAUAGCCUAGGAAAGGAAAGACGACAGGGCAGAUAGGACCCAUCUCAGGGAGAGAUGCCAUCCCACUGACAACUGCAUUUUUAAACAAGCAUAUGCAGGAGAUGCUACUUACAGAAAAGCAUUAUUAGGCAGUAGGAGAUGUGAAUGGUCAACUUCUCAGACAGCUGGCUUGAAAAAAGUUAAUGCAAAGACAAUGAAAGGCCACUGAGCAGGUACUGUAUGUAAGCUCUGCAUACAAUGAAGUGUUAAAGGAUUAUUUAUUUUAAUCAAAAUGUAUCCUAAGUGAACCAUCCGAGCUUCCCCCAUUUCACUUUCCGGCAUCUCACGGGUUGCAGCUAACAGCAUGUUCGCUCCUCCACCAGGUACUGCUUCCUUCCUUCUUGCUCCCACUGUGUGUGUGCAGCUUUCUUGCAGUUCCUUCUUCAUAACCCCACUGGGACUAGGACCCCGCUCCUCUACAAACAAUCCUCCUGACUGCUGCAGGCCACAGGAACUCUGCUUGUAUAGCCUCCAAGCGCUGGGCCAGCCCUGGUUCAAAGGGUUCUUGUUAGCAUGCUGGCUACUGCCCUGGACUUUGUGCUUGGCUCCAAUGUUAGAGGUUCCUGAUGGGUCCCAGAGCAGCGGUACCUGGACUCGCUGUGCUGAUUUGUGCCUCUCUUACCACUGGUCACCGCCUGGCAGAGUGUGAGCUCGCAGCCAUCCGGGGCUGUGAGCUGGAGCAGCCUGAGCGCUCUUCUUCAAGUGCUCUGGCCUGGGGGAGAAAAGGGAGUGGGUGGGCAGAUGCUAGAUGUCAAUAACUUAAAUUGCCCCUGGAGUUAGGGGCUGCCAGAACCCUAAAUAUACCUGGCUUUGGACGUGUUAUCCUGAGGUCCCCUGCCAGCUGCUGUACUCCCCUGUCAGCCAAAGCACAGCUCACAGGGCCUCCCCCACAUCACCUUCUGGAAGUUAAUGGACUUCAGCAAUUGCUGAAAAGCCGAUGCGUUACAAAAAGCUGCUUUUAAGUGUGGACAAACUAAUCUUCUCAGAAUAAACGAAGGCUUGGCCAAACUCCUUACUGGCGUGCUUUCUACUUCCCUUGCACCAAAGGGAGGAGGAGGGAUGUCAUCUCUGUUUUCUUUCGGCAAGGUCCAGCGGUGCCAUGCUUUGGAACAGGACUCCAGUGGGGUUUUUGAAAGAAAACUGACUGAGCCCUCAGAUUUGGUUGAUUUGUUUCUUCAGCAGUCAGAAUAAGCAGCCGCUCACCUUUGUUUUCCUGUUUACUUUAAACAGACCUCUAGACUGUGAAGACGGAGCAUUUGCAUUGGUAAUACCCUUUAAGAAAGCUGUUAUUGUGUCAGAUCAUGCAAUGUAAUUUCAUGUGCUAUGAACCAAUGGGGGUUUAUUUAAGAGGAACUGAAACUACUGUUGUACAGAAAUCAAUUUCAAAAGGUUUAUUUUCCCCACUCAGUUGUAAGUUGCACUUUGCCAGAUGUAAUUUAUGUGGAACCCAGAUUUGUUUUCCCUUUUCUUGAAGAAAGCAUGUGCCAGAAUCUCUCUAAUGCCUGGAAUAAAAUCCACUUUGAAACAAG